GUUUUUCUGUGCAUGUUGUUUAUCUCUCUUUGGCGUUUUAAUGAUCGUAAUAGAAGAAGAAGAUCGUUAUCGUCGUUUGUGGCGGUUUUGUGACUCUUUAAAAUAUUCAGUUUCAGGAGAAACAAACAAAAAACUUCGGAGCCCCUUCAGGGGGAAUUUGUUUUCUGAAAUAGUUUUACUUUCCCUCGCUAUAAAUUUACCAUGAUUUUACUACAGUAACCAUAUUUAACCAUGAUAUUUGUAGUGAAACUAUAAUACUACAGGAAAACGAAUACUGUGGUUUAAAAAAAAAAAAAAACAUAAUUUUGUGAUUAUUAUGGUUUUACUAAAAUAACUAUAGUUUAACUGUGAUUACUGUGGUAGUUUAACCAUUGUAUUUGUAAUAAAAGCAAAGUAAUAACAAGACUAACCAUGGAUAAUCUAUAUUAAAACCAUGUUUUAGACCAAAAAACAAAAACAUUACACUGUCAUGGUAACUACUAUAGUAAAGCCAUGAUUUUUCUAUUGUAUUUUGUUUAAUUUUUUUAAAAUUUAUUUUGUUUGUUUGUUUUGGCUUCAGUGUGUUUUAUUUUACUAUAGAUUUAUCAUGGUUAAUCUUGUGAUUACUAUGGUUUUACUUCAAAUACCAUGAUUAAUCUACUACAGUUAAACUAUGGUAUUUGUGGUAAAUCCAUAAUAACAAAAUUCAGGGCUCAACAGUAAGGACUGCCCGAUGGCCCGGGGCCAGUGUGAGAAAGAUUCGGGCCAGUUGCUAGAACUGUCACUUGCCCAAUCGGGCCAGUGCUGCAUUUAUAACAUUAGUGCAAGCAAACAACAAGUCGCGUGCACGCACAAGAUCGUGCAGACACCGAGUGCACACUCCUAGCACUGUCCUCGCUCUUUUCCAAGUGUCUUAACAGCAGCUAUUACCAAUGUGUAGAAAAUAGCAGCAGAAAACCCCACUUAAUGAAUUUAGUAGCGGGACUUGUACAACACUAAGUAUUCCCGCACAUUCCGUGUUCACAGUGCGCGAAAUCCCCACAUUUUUCGUUUUUACAUGUUGGUGAAAAUUAGUAAUCCACACAUUGGAACACAAGAAAUCAACAGUUUCUUUCUAUAGGACAGAAAAUCCAUGUCUCUCCGUGCAUAUGUCUCAUCAUCAUCUCUCUCUGGGCAGCGUAGACUGUUUAACAUGCAUGUGCUCUCGUAAAGGGACAGAGCGCUAGUUUUAUUAACACUGUAAAAAACAAACACAUUUUCUCUCAUUAAUUCGCCUUUAGAGAUGAUUCGCAGAAUGAAACAUAAUAAACUUUGUUAAACCCCAGUUAUACACGUGUCUGGAAAUCACGAGCUGCUCAGUAUCCAAAAUGUAAUGUUUCAAAACGUAAACAUUAACUCGACAUGAUAAUGGCGUUUGAUAUGGAAAGAAGCAAGAUAACUUUGGCUAUUAGGCUAUUAUUAUCAGAGCUGUUCAGCUGCAGGGUGAAGAUGAAUAUUUGAAACAGUCUACUUCAUAUCUUCAUAAAACACCUGUUACAUGUCUCAUAUCUGGACCAUACAGGUGUUUUUGUUCUUUGUAUAUCAGUCUGUGUUGGUGUUUAGGCUGUCUGAUUUCAUGUAAUAUACACAUUGUUAAUUCACAGAUUAGGCCUAAUAUCUACCUACUGUAUAUUACACAUCACAACCGAUUAAGUUGCAAGUCUGUUCUCUCAGCCAAUAAUCAGAUGUUUAACUCAGUGAAUAAUCUUCGAUCCUUUUUGUGAAAACUCUACACAAGGGCAAAAGUUGAAUGACAGCAUGACUAAACGGGUGACCGAAAACCCAUCAUCUCCUCCACAGAACUCUUGGCUUAAAAACACAUGUGUAAAUGGCAGGACGGCUGAGGUUAAUAUGAUGUAUUUAUGAAUUUAUAUCUUUAAAGCGCAUAUAUGGGAUUACAUAAGUCAUAAAUCAUAUCUUGCAAAUUAUAAAUGUGAUUCAAUUUUGGGGGACAUUGUAUUUUGUAUUUUUUUCUCCCCAAUUUGGAAUGCCCAAUUCCCAGUGUGCUCUAAGUCCUCGUGGUGGCAUAGUGACUCGCCUCAAUCUGGGUGGCAGAGGACGAAUCUCAGUUGCCUGAGACCAUCAAUCCGUGCAUCUUAUCACGUGGCAUGUUGAGCGCGUUACUGCGGAGACAUAGUGCAUGUGGAGACUUCACGCUGUUCUCCACGGUAUCCACGCACAACUCGCCACACGUCCCACCGAGAGCGAGAACCACACAUUAUAGCAACCACGAGGAGGUUACCCCAUGUGACUCUACCCUCCCUAGCAACCGGGCCAAUUUGGUUGCUUAGGAGACCUGGCUGGAGUCACUCAGCACGCCCUGGAUUCGAACUCACGACUCCAGGGGUGGUAGUCAGCGUCAAUACUCGCUGAGCUACACAGGCCCCUGGGGGACAUUGUUUUAAAAACAUAAGAUAUGUAAAAAAUAUUUAUCUUCGGACAUAUUUUUUAAAGCCAUGAUGGUAAAAACAGCUAUUUGUCAUUUUUGUGUUGCGGCCAGUGAAAAUGUUGGCAGGGCCAGUAAAAAUCUGAAGCACUGGCCCAACCGGGCCAGUAGAAAAAAUUCUUAGCAUUGAGCCCUGAUUCAGUUUCAGGAAUAACAAACAGAAAUGUGAGAAUAUCAUGUUUAAUUUCUGAUAAAUGAGCUUGUUAAAUUCAUCGGCUGAUUGUAAAUUAGUUCAAUGAAGGCGAGUAUAUGUUAAAGCCUGUUAUAAUAUCUGGUAAUAUUCCUGCUGUCAGGAAAACGAAACCAAACUCCAAGCACACAUUUAUAUUUAUUGGCUACCAUAUCAGAAACAAAGUUAUUUAACAGAGCUGUUUAUAAUCCUAUAAUAAUCUUUUUGAGUUUGAUGUAUGUCAGUCCAUUAUAAUGAUAUUUUUGUGUUAAUAUGUUCAUCAUGAGAGAGCAGGUGGAUGUGAUCUGCUGUAAAUCAGUAGGAACUGAUCUGUCCAUGCUGGAUAUUAAUGAUUUCAUCACAGAAAUCUCUCAGCUGAAGAAAGAGGUGACGUCACUGAACACAAAGCUGAUGGAGAGAGACGAAAGGUUACAGGAGCUGGAAAAGGUUUCCUGUCAAUCUUCAGUGUGUGUGACUGAUGGGAACUCCACAGAAUGUCAGGAUUCAGUGUGGAGCGGCAGAGAUCAGUCCACAUCACAGCGACUGCUGGACAAACUCUCUGAACAGAGAUCCAGAGACACACAGGACUCACAGCUCACUUUACUCUGUUCUACUGAUGGUAAUCAGGGUGAUCAAACCUCCACAGAGUCUCUGACUUCUGUCUGUAAUGCUGGAGAACAGCAGAUGCUGCAGAUACCAGUGAGGAUUGAAGUGAAACAGGAGGAGAUAAAAGAAGAAAUCACAGCAGAGGAACAACAAAGUAAUGAAGAUGAUGAUGAUCAAACCUCCACAGAGUCUCUGGCUUCUGUCUGUAAUGCUGGAGAACAGCAGAUGCUGCAGAUACCAGUGAAGAUGUGUUCAGUGAAGCUGCUGGACUGCAGGAACCUGAUGAAGAUGAGAGGAGAAAUCAAAGUAGAGGAACAACAGAGUAAUGAAGAUGAUGAUGAUCAAACCUCCACAGAGUCUCUGGCUUCUGUUAGUAUUGCUGGAGAACAGCAGAUGCUGCAGACACCAGUGAAGAUCGAAGUGAAGCAGGAGGAGAUAAAAGAAGAAAACACAGUAGAGGAACAACAGGGAGAUGAAGAUGAUUAUGUUUCUUCAGGAGAAAUAGGCAGGAGUAAAGACCUGGGCCAAACUGUUAUGGUCAGACGACUGGGUCAGAGCAUCUCUGAAAUGGCUUGUGGGGUGCUCCUGGUCAGCAGUGGUGAGUACCUACCAACAGUGGUCCGAGGAGGGACAAACCACAAACUGGUGUCAGGGUAAUCCAUUGAGGGCAACAAAGGCUAUCCCAUCUGGUCUGAACCGACAGAAGGUCUACUGUGGCAAAAGUCACAGAAAAUGUUAAUGAUGGUUACGGGAGGAAUGUGUCACAACGCACAGUGCAUCGCACCCUGCUGCCCAUGAUGACCCCUGUCCACCGGCGAAAGCGCCUACAAUGGGCACGCAAGCGUCGUAAGUGGACCUUGAAGCAAUGGAAGAAGGUCGCCUGGUCCAAUGAGUCCCGUUUUCUUUUCAUCAUAUGGAUGGCCUUGUCCAUAGGUGAGACCAUGGAUGGCUCCUUAUUUCUGUGGUUAGAUUGAUUAUAGAUAGUCUUUUAAAACAAGUAAAUAAAAAACUUUAGUAUUUCUUAUUAAAAAAAACUAAACUAAAACCCUAAGCGCAUUGAAAAACAUUUAACUACAACUUUUACAGUAUAAAAAUGAUGUCUUGUACAGUAUGUUCACUCUAAUAGAUUUAAUAUUAAUCUAUUCUAGUUACCAGUUAGUGUUACUCCAGUUUAGUAAGGAUGAUUAUUAGGGUUGCCACGGUGUACGGUGUUACCGGUUUUACUCAGUACAAGGGAAAACACCAGUGUGAAAUUUUAUACUGGUGGAAACAUUAUGAAUGAAACUUCCAAUAUCAAUACAAUAGCCUAACGAAUAAAAUAGCCUUAAAAAAAGAAUAGUUGCCUAAUGAAGAGUUUGCGACCCAUGAUAAAUGAACCUAAGUAACACAUUGAAAGCCAGAGGUUCUUUAACAAUGUAUCAAAUUACACAGGCAUCAAAGUAUGCACAUUGACAGAAGAUGUUUAAUUGCAGGUACCGAAUAUAAUGUGCAUGGUGGGUAACUGUAAGACAUCUCGGAUUCGGAAUGACACAGGAAAUGCUGUUAUACACACAGACACGUGCUUGAAGAAACACUUUAUUAUAUUUUUAAGAACAGAUGACAGAAAAGCCGUCUAUAUGCAUGUCUGAUGCGCUGUUUGGAGGCGUGCAGUCUUGUGGA